GUGUUCUUAACAUUUUUGCAAUAGGAAGUCUAUUAUUUAACUAAACUAAUUGAUGAUGGCUAUGUCAUUUUCUGACGCCGAUCUUGAUUUGGGAGAUUUGCAAAAUAUGAACAGCAGUGAAUUGAUGAGAUUUGUUCAGAACAUGAAUGAUGAUACUGCUGGGCAACUGAUCAAUCAAAUGCAGCAGAUUCAUUCCCCUCCACAGAAUAUAACUAACUCCCACCCUGUUCAUCCUGUGCAAGAUUCCCACCAUCAUGCUAUGCAGCAGUACUCAAAUAACCCUGCUGUUUAUGCAGCACCAGUCUAUUACCCCAUGCAGCCACCCCAGCAACCACAACAACAACAGCCACAACCCCAGCUUCCACCCCAUGUUCAAACUGCUGCUAGCACCCCUUACGUAGAAAUAUUAGAGCAACCCAAGUCUAGGGGAUUGCGCUUCCGCUAUGAAUGUGAAGGGCGUUCUGCUGGGAGUGUGCCAGGAGAAAACAGUACUAAUGAUCACAGGACAUACCCCACAAUCAAAAUCCACAACUAUAAUGGGCCAGCAAUUAUUGUUGUGUCUUGUGUAACCAAGGAGAACCCACCUCACUGUAAGCCGCAUCCACAUGCUAUUGUUGGCAGGGACUGCAAGAAAGGAGUGUGUACAUUGCGUGUUAAAGAUACAAGUGAUAAAAUUGUAUUUCCACAAAUAGGUAUUCAAUGUGCCAAAAAGAAAGAUGUAGAAUCAUCACUGCGAUUGCGUAAAGAAAUCAAUGUUGAUCCUUAUCAAACUGGGUUUGAUCACGCUCAGUCCAAUAUUGACCUGAAUGUUGUUAGGCUGUGUUUUCAAGUUUUCUUACCUAAUGAACAGGGCAAAGUGACCAGGGUUGUUCCUCCAGUUUGUUCACAUCCCAUUCAUGACAAAAAAUCAUCUAAAGAUCUAGUCAUUUGCCGUGUGGACAAAAGUUCUGGUAAAGCUCGAGGCGGUGAUGAAGUGUUUUUAUUAUGUGACAAAGUAAAUAAAGAAGACAUAAAAGUCAGAUUCUAUGAAGAGAAUGAACAGGGCAUGGUGGUCUGGGAAGAUUUAGGUGACUUUGGCCAGGGUGAUGUACAUAGGCAGUAUGCUAUUGUCUUCAGAACACCAUCUUAUCACAAUACAGAAAUCACACGUCCAGCAGAGGUUCUGAUGCAGUUACAGAGGCCGUCUGAUGGGGAAACUAGUGAACCUAUACCAUUUACUUACAUGCCUGAAGACCCAGAUCCUGACAGAAUCGCAGAAAAGAGAAAAAGAAAGGCUCAAAGAUUUUUGGAAUAUUGGAACAGUACAGGUGUGGCAGACUAUAAGAGAGGUGCCAGUGGGGCUAGUGUUAGAGGCAGGCUACACACAAUGCUCAAAGCCACCAGGAGAAUCAAGAAAGAUCCUGAUGUUAUUCCAGGUCUUCCUGGUUUCAUGGAUACCUCUGGUGUAGAUGGAGUGAAUGGAGUUGGUGCUGUAGGUGGGGCUGAUGCAACAAUGAGUCAUGUGACUGCUGACAACUCCUCCAUGGGCAGUGUCACUGUCUCCUCCUUCUCAGCUGGCAGCCUGGAUUCCAAUGUCAUUGCUGAGCUGUCAGGGCUUUCAAGUAGUGACUUAUCCAUAGUAUCCACAGAAAAUGGCCAGUUGGUCAUCUCUGUGUCUGGUGGAGAGGGCAGUGGUCUAAGUGUUGAUAGUAUUAACUUACCUCCUAAUAUUCUCAGUGGGGAACUGAUGAACCAAAUAGACAUUCAACAGCUAAAUGCUUAUCUUCAGGACCAAGGCUCAGGAAGUGAGAUUUUAUUGGGCAAUGACCCUAAUCAACCAAUUCAUAUCUUAGAUCAUGAUCCUGAAACAGAGGCAGCACUUAGAGGAUUAAAUUCUCAAAUUUGAUUGAAUGGGAAAGAUUUAAAGACAAAACAUUUUUUAAGUGGCUGUUGUAGGGGAAAAAAAUAACAGAGUUGUAGGCCAAUUAGGACUUGAAGAGUGUAGACUUAUAGAUUGACUUGAAGU